AUGACUAAGAAUAAUCUCCGCGAGCAGCUUGGAUGGUUGCUACAGGAAAACCCGUGUAUCCCCAAACACUCGCCGUCUCUACCACCAGUACCUCUAUCCUUUGGACCUUCUUCGCAAACGCAGCUUUCACAGACCGUAAUCAGGAAUGACAAUCCACUACCGACACGUUCAUCGACCCAGACAACGCGUCUGACCGCUAGAAACACUGCAGCAGAGCAAGAGAGACCGAAUCCCUCCACGCGUGGCGAGCCCAGUGCGAAUAUGGCUAGGUUGAGAGCCGCAGCCUCGUCCUCUCCUACCAAGCCUGCUCAGAUAUCUCUCCCCGAGAGGUCGUCCCAAUCGUCAACCAGACCAGCCAUCUCCAACCUGUCUCAUCGUCUUAAUUCGUAUGCUCAAUCACCUGCUCCGCGAACCGCUGCACCUUCGGCCAACAUGUCUCGAACCACGCCUGCAUUGCCCUCGAAGGUUGAUACUCUCGACCUCACCGAAGANCUUUUGCCAACCCCGGCUCGGCUGUUUUCAAACUCGAAAGGUCAAAAGAGAAAGAGCGAUGAACACAGAGCCGACACAUACAAUCGAUCGUCCUCGAAGGCACCUCGUCUGGAGACGAUCCAACAACCAGAUGACGACGACGACGAUAGUUUUAUGUCUAUCGAUGAUUUGGUAGACGAAGAACCCAUUGGCCCACCUCCUCCAUAUUCCACCGUCGCACAAUCACCGGCCAAGCGUCCGGCACAACCGCCUGUACCGUCUUCGAGUUCUACCAUGGGCCCUCCGCCACAAGAGAGACGAGUCAAGCGCCAAGUAUUGGAUAGUGAAGAUGAAGAUAUGGAGGAUGUCCACGAGAGUGUACCUGAGCCACGUCUGCCUUCUCCCGUCAAGUUGAAGCAACCAUCGGUAUCCCCAAGGAAACCAUUGCAAACUCCCGCGCUAAGUCGUGUUGCUCAAUCACCUGCCAUCGGCUCACAAUCACCUGGCCUUGCACCGCUGUCAUCGAGUGAAGAUGCUCUCAUCAAUAAAUUCUUGUCCUGGACUCAAGAAGACUUCGAGUCGAAGCUGGCCGAGGCUGGUGAUCGACACGCACAAGCCACGGACGACUACAUGGCGGCCAUGGAGUCUCUGGCUAUCGAUGAGGUACCGGCUCAUAUCUCCGAGGCCUAUGAGCAGGCAGGUGAGGUCGAGGAAGCUUUGAAGAGCUUGAAAGACUUCAAAGAUAGACUUGAUGCACUGGACUUUGAGAUGAAAAACAUCUCGGAUCUUAUGAGAAAGGCUCUACUUGCUCGACAAAAGCCCACCAGAGAACAGCAAGAGAUGAAACAACUCAAGCAACGCAUUCGCGAUACGCAUACCGAUAUCUUACCGCUUCUUCAGAAUCUCGAGUCUGCUGGUCUCAUGUCCACCUUCAAGAGACCCGCUGCUGUCACUGUCAAGUCGACUCAGGCUAUGCCCAGGGCGAAGACCGAGGUCUCAAGAAGCCCCGGUCCCGAAAGGAUCAAGCAGACUCAGCUUCCCAAUGGCAGGAGCAUCGAGAUAUUUCCCGGUGUCGAGGACACUCCACCCAGGAGAAAGAUCAAACAUGAGCCAGAUGUGGAGGACCCCAGCGUGAUGGAGAUUAGUCCGCCUCGUCACUUCCCGGAAAGAAAAGUGUACCACUCCGACACUUACAAUGCUCCACUCUCCCCUUCAAAGCGAAAUAACACAACUACCGUCAGUCGCGAAGUCUCAACGAAACCGACAACCUCGACUAGAGAUUUCGUCCAGUCUCAUAGACACAGUGACAAGGAGAACUAUGGAGUACCCGACGAAUUUGACGAGUUCGAGGAAGAAGACGAAAACCUCUUCAGCAACAUUAUGGGCACGCCUCCAGCGCAGACUAUUGACGAAGACAACUACGAUGACGAAUUUGGUGAUGACGAAGAUCUUAUGGAACUUGCGACCGAAUUUGAGGAUCAUUCAACCUUCCAUGGUGUAUCUCGUCAGUCCAAUGACCGAUCUGCGGUUGGUCAAGUCUCGCAUGUUGCUAAGCCACGACCAAAGAAGAACACUCCUGUCAAAAGACCGAAAACGCUUGACGAAGAACUGGGUGAUUAUCCAUGGACCAAAGAAGUCAAGAAUGGACUUGUGAAGGUUUUCAAAUUGCCAGGAUUCCGAUUGAACCAGGCUAAUGCCAUCAACGCCACACUUGCUGGUAGACACGUCUUCGUGCUUAUGCCCACUGGAGGUGGCAAAUCCCUCUGCUAUCAACUCCCAGCAAUUGUCAAAUCAGGAAAGACAUCGGGCGUCACUCUCGUCGUUUCUCCACUGCUGAGUCUCAUGGAAGAUCAAGUCUCGCAUCUGAGAGCCCGCAAUAUUCAGGCGUUUUCUCUCACUGGCAGCACCUCGAUGGAUGAGCGUAGAGAGAUCACAAGCACCUUUACAAGAUCCGACGUACAGGACUUCGUACAAAUGCUCUACGUUACGCCAGAAAUGUUGAACAAAAGCGGCAUGAUGAAGACAGCGUUCAAGGAUUUGCACCGAAGGGGAAAGCUUGCGAGAAUUGUCAUCGACGAAGCCCAUUGCGUCAGUCAAUGGGGGCAUGAUUUCCGCCCUGACUACAAAGAGCUUGGUAUGGUCUUGACUGACUAUCCCGGUGUGCCCAUCAUGGCCCUCACAGCCACUGCGACCGAAAAUGUCAAAGUAGACACCAUUGGCAAUCUCGGUAUCAGUGGUUGCGAUGUCUUUUCACAAAGUUUCAAUCGUCCAAACCUCAGUUACCAUGUUGACACCAAGCCCAAGAAGUCAGUGCUCCUUGACACAAUCCAGGAGAUCAUUGAGGAUAAACACAAGAACAAAUGUGGUAUCAUCUACUGUCUUUCGAGGAAGCAAUGCGAAGACGUCGCUGGAGAGCUUCAAGGACGCCGCAUCAAGGCCCACCAUUACCAUGCUGGUAUGGAGCCCGAAGCAAAAAGCGACGUUCAAAGGAAAUGGCAAAAGGGCGAGAUCAAAGUGAUUGUGGCAACCAUCGCGUUCGGUAUGGGUAUUGACAAGCCAGAUGUCCGCUUCGUCAUUCACCACACAAUCCCGAAGAGUCUUGAGGGCUACUACCAGGAGACUGGCCGUGCUGGACGUGAUGGCGCAGCUUCAGAUUGUUAUUUGUUCUAUGGAACCCAUGACUUGUUCACCUUACGAAAGAUGAUCGACGAAAACAAGGACGGCAGCAAGGAACAAAAAGAUCGUCAACAUGAUAUGCUUCGAAGGGUUGCUCAGUUUUGUUUGAACAAUACGGAUUGUCGUCGCGUCCAAGUCCUUGCUUACUUUGCCGAGAGCUUCUCCAAAGAAGAUUGCAACAACAAAUGCGACAACUGCAACAAAACAGAAGAGCUGGUUGAAGUUGACUACACUGAGCUCGGCCUUGCUGCAGUCGAGCUUGUCAAAGAGGUCGCCUCUGUUCGCAAUGUCACUCUUCAUCAGUGUCUUGAUCUGUUCCGAGGCACUGGUCGUGGUAUCACCGCCGAAGACAAGGAAGCUGAGAAUUUUGGGGCGGGCAAAGAUCUUGAUCGAGAGAACGUGGAUCGUCUUUUCGGUCUUCUGUUGGCUGAGGACGUUAUUCGCGAAUUUUCUGUCUUCAACAAAUCUAAGUUCGCUAAUCAAUAUCUCACACUUGGACCAAAAAGGCACAUGUUCGGGCAUGGCCGCGGCAAGCAGAAGCUGAUGCUCCAUGUGCCAGUGUCAGCAGCAGGUUCAAAGGCUACCAAACGCAAACAGAAGGUCGCAACGGGUACCGGUGUCAAGGCUUCCAAAGCGGCCAAGAAAGGCCAACAGUAUCCUUCGACCAACAUAUCGUCCCCUGUCCAAGCAGGGCCAAGUCGUAAGCGUGGUGGUCUUACAUACAAUGGCUAUGAGGAGGACACCUUCAUUGUUGACGAUCCCGAUGAGGACGAGGACUAUGGAGACUCCGAGGCCGAGGAUGAUGCUUUCGAGCCUGUUCGAACAGACAUGAACUCCCGCUCUCGUGGCCAGAGAGAGCUCGGUGCACCGAUAACCAGGGACGAAGCUCUUUACAACUUGGAUGAAGUUCACCAAGAUGUGAUCGCGGCGUUUGUUCAGCAAGCCAAAGAACAGUUGCUGGAUCUCAUGAAGAAGAAGAAGCUGCGCCAACAACCAUUUUCUGAUACCAUGCUGCGCGAGAUGGCCAUCAAAUUCCCCAGGAACAUGGCUGCAAUGAAGGGAAUCCGAGGAAUCGACAAUGCCAAAGUCGAUUGCCACGGUGCAAGUCUACUUCCUCUAAUCGCACAUUACAAAAAGCAACUCGACGAGAUGCAAGGUUCAGAAGACAAGCCAUACGAUCCCAACCAUGCCACAGUCAUCCUGAUCGACAGUGACGACGAUCAGGACGAUGACGAAGACGAGUUUGCGUACGAUGAAGGGCUUAGUUCUGAGCCCGAAGCCGCAAGUCAAGGAAGACAACCCGAAAAACAAUCUUCAUAUUUCAAGCCCAGUCGUGAAGUCGAAGCAUUCAACGCUAGAUUCUCACAGUCACAGGCUGCACCUCGAGCAGCUGUGCCACCGCCCAACAAGCGUGUCCGUGCCGAGUCUGGUGGCGCCAGGUGGAAUGGCAAGAAAGCAGCUGCCCGUCGGUCCAGUUUUGGGAAAGGCAAAUCCGCUGCUGGAGGAGCGGUCAAGAAACGUGCACCAGCUGCGAAGAGACAGAAUGGUAUCACCUCGAAGUUCUCGUACAACAACGGUGCUGGUCCUUCCAAGAAGGGAGGAGGCGGUGGCACUUCUAGUGGAAUUGGCAUGAUGCCUCUGUGA